AUGGCUCCAAGAGUUUUUGUUACAGGGAUCACGGGAUACAUUGGUGGCCAGACCGUGGUCCAUCUGACACGGAAAUACCCUGAAUUGGAGAUUGUUGCCCUUGUCCGUAACCUAGGACAAGCAGAAAUUGUCAAGUCUGUUUUGUCACAUGUCAAAACUACCAUAGGCGACCUUGACAGUGUGGAGAUACUAGAAAAGCAAAGCGCUGAAGCAGACAUAGUACUUCAAUGCGCCUCCGCAGAUCAUCCUGUCGCAGUUACUGCAAUUAUCAAUGGCAUCAGGUCUAAACCAGCAGGUAGUCCACAGGGAUUUCUUAUUCAUACCUCAGGAACGGGUAUACUGGGAGAUCCCUCUCAGGACUAUGGCCUCCCCCCUGACAGGGUGUACGACGACAUUGACGACAUUAAGGUAAUCACAUCAUUCUCGAUCGAUCGUUGGCAUCGCAAUAUCGAUAAGAUCGUGAUUGAUGCAGCCACCGGCGACCCGGUCGAACAUCCCAAAAUUAAGACAGCGAUCGUCUGCCCACCUACGAUUUACGGCACCGGCAUUGGUCCAGUUAGGAAACGCAGUGUUCAGUUGCCAGAGCUGGCAAACGCUUCUCUACGCAGGGGGAAAGCACUGACUGUCCGUCAGGGAGAGAACGAGUGGAGGCACGUCCACGUCGCUGAUUUGGCGGAUGCGUACGUUCUUCUUGUGGAGGAAGCCUUGAAAGGGGGUGGAAAGGCAGAUUGGAACGCAGAUGGCUACUACUUUGUCGAAAACGGGCAACAUGUCUGGAAAGACGUAGCCAAGGCCGUUGCGACAGAUGCGUUCGAGAAGGGUUAUCUGAAAACCACCGAUGUUGAGCCGCUCUCUGUAGAAGAGUGCUUGCAGAUUCGAGGGGAUCCUACACCAGGGCCUGCGAUUUGGGGAGUAAACUCACUGGGAAUUGGAGCGCGCAUUCGUCGACUUGGCUGGGAACCACGCCAACCAGGCCUGUGGGAAUCUGUUUCCGAGGCAGUUGAUGUGGAGGCUAAAGCUCUGGGGAUAUCUUAA